AUGACCGCCUUCUCCGGAUCUAGCGCGCUCACGAGUGGCCCCAACUACUCGUACUACUCCAUCCCUGCCGCAUGGAUUCUGGCGAUGAUCCCGCACUUUGUUGCGGCCGGCCUUGCCGGCGACAAGUUCAAGAACACCACGCCUCGUCAGAUGUUGGCCGACCUGCUGGCCAAGAAGGACAAGACAGCGCUGGACAAGAAGAUCAUCCGUGCCGAGAGCGCGAACUACAACGGGUUCUACAUCUACGUCACCAGCGAGACUGUUUCCGCGCUUCGAAGUGGUGCGUACCUCUCCGGUAUCGGUAUCAUCUUCACGCUUUUCAUCAAGGCCGGUCUGCGCCUCAACUGA